CAGUUCUCAUUUGUUGAAUGAAAGGAAAGUUAAUUUUGAGAUUUUAAUAAGCACCUGCUCACACUAUGUAAAUAUCCUAGGAUAUUUGAUUGGAAGUGCUCCGAUGUGUCUCCAAUGUAUAGCGGAGGAUCAUACUCUAACAAAAUAUUGAUUUCCCUCCCCUUACUUAAAGUCCCCUAGUUCAGCCAUGGACGAAGAAGAUAGAAAAUCAUCUAAUGUUUACACGACAAAACGGAAGCAUUCUAGAUAUGAAGAACCAUCAGAGGAAAGCAGCAAUGCAUCGAAACCACAUAUUGUAAUAGUUAAAAAUGUAUCAGAGGCAAAAAAUAAGCGAACGGCGUCCAUCAUAAUCACAGUUCCUGAGCCAACAUCAGAACCCAAUAAUACAAGUGUUUACAAUAUAACUAAGACUGGUCCAACAGACCUGAGUGUUCUACUAAAUCUUGGUUUUGGUGAUGUAUACACAGCAUUAAGAAACCAAGACUUGAAAAGUCGAAUACUUGAAGAAUGUAUUAAUUUUGCUUUUGAUCAGUACUUUUUUAAUGGAGACAACUAUACGAUUAUUACAGAUAUAAAUAAAUUGGCAACAGCCAGAGUUAAUUUAGAUGAAUUAAGCAAGCCAGUUGAGAGUUCAAUGUUGUAUCAAUAUUUUGUGAAAGAAGAUAAAGGAUGUUGCUAUGAAAAUUUCAAAGACCAAGAUACUGUUCAACUAGACAGGAAAACUUUGUACAGAGACACAUGCGCAUUACUAUAUCCGAAGCUACAACUUUUUUCUGAUAACUUACUGAAUUUAUUGGAUGAUGUAAAGAAAAGUGAAAGGAAGUACCAACAACUAUUUAUAUCAUUUGCUCAGAUUUGUGGAUUAAGGUUAUUUGAUGGACCAGACACAUCUUUCUCAUUAAAGUGUGAUCAGAAGACAUUUAUUCCUGUUGCCUUAGUUAAAGGUUUUGGUAUUAAUAAAGAUACAGAAGGAUCUCACUUUGUCACUAAAGUUGUCGUUGUCGUUGAGUCAAAAAGUAUGUGUGAAGAGGAGAACAAAGAAAGUACAACUAAUGAUUUGAGGAAUAAAACAACAGUACCUCAUCAAUGUGCUAAUCAUGUAGAUGACCAUGUUAAAGGUCAGCAUAUAGGACAGAUGUUAGCAGUUGUCCAGUCUGGACAGUCUUUAUUUGGAUUUAGAGGAGUAUAUGGAUUACUUGUGGACGGAACAAAGGUAACACUUGUGUAUUAUAGAGGCACUAAGGAAUAUUUCCAACAAUGUAGCCUCGGUAAACCACAAUUAACUGCAGAAGUUUUAUAUAGCCAUCAUUUUAACAUUCUAACUACAGAUGGCAGGAGGACUCUCAUUUCUAUUCUCAUUGAUAUGGAAAAUUUAACAAAGAGAGAAAUGGAAAAGGAAUAUUGUAAGAUGUAGUUCCUUUCAUGUAUAAUUAUGAUUUGUUAUAUUUAUGUGAAAUAAAUACCUUUUCCAAUGUA